AUCGGCUCUGAGGAUCUUGGUACUUCCUCUUACACUUUUCAGGCCUUAGUCUGGCUCGAAGAAGGUCAUGACAGGUCUAUUAUCCGGGCACGUACAUUCAGCAAAUACCCAAUGAGUAGAAUGAUUCUGAUACCUCUCGUGACGUGUACCCUCUGUGUUCUCAUGUACCAGAUACUGACGAGCUUUACCAAACAGUUUCAUGUAUUCUUGUCACUAUCGUGUAGAGAUGACUAUAUGCCAGGGUAUGUGGCGAUGUCGGUACCUAGCCGCAGACCUUUAAUAUACAUCAAUGCGCGAUUGCUUGAUAUGACGUCGACCGGAGCGGCACGAUCGCGUUCAACGAAUUCUGUGGACUCUGGAAAUACAUCAAGGACUGGCAGAACGUAUUCCGCCACUUCGACAGAGACCGCUCCGGCACCAUCGACCGUAACGAGCUCCGCGAGGCCCUCCAUCAAUCGGGUUCAACCUCAGCCCACCCCUAAUCGAACUCGUCCAAGUCAAAUACGGUGCGUCGUCCAUUCUCCCACUGUCGAGUCGUGCCUCCGUCGAGUUGCCAUCUCACAACUCACUCUUCUAAAACAAUGCUAAUGCAAGAUAUCAAAGCUUCCAAUGUAGCUAGCCCUACGGUCCUACUCCUGGUAUCACGUUCGAUCGCUUCGUUCGCGCUUGUGUG